CUUGCGGUUAACGCUCGCCAUGCUCGACAGUGGAGACCAAUCGUCCAGCGGUGCACACCAUUUUACGGAUGUCCUCCGUUUGCAGGCGGUGGAGAUCUGUGGCUCUUUCUUUUCCUGAACUGUGGUCCAAAGUCGACGUAUCUCUACAUAUCCCGGACAGGUCCUUCGGGUGGCACCAGGGAUUUUUGCCACUCUCCACAUCUGAUUCAGCUAAAAGCAAACAACGACUAUUUGCGGCCAAGAUGAGUCUGCUGAAUCUCCAGCUGCAUCGUGCAGGGGGUUAUAAACUCCACGUCAAGGUGUACGGGGACGACAUGAUGCGUUAUGCCUUGCCAUGCAUAGAUCUCAUACGUACAAGAAUUCAGCGAUGGAGGAGCUUGGAUUUACUUUCCCCGGACUUGUAUCCCGAAUCCGUCCACCAUCUCAUCAGAGACACCCCAUCAUUUGAUAGCCUAGAAAGUCUCAGUGUGAGGCACAUAUUCCUUGAACAGUUCUACAAACUUAGUACAACCGAGCCAAAAAUGCCUUUGCUACGCACCUUCUACACGCGACGGGAUCUAAAAAGCCCGAAUUCUCGUUCAUCGGUGAACAUGCCCUCACGUCUUGGCGCGUGGAGCAGAAACGUCGAAACCAUUAUCUGCGAAAACUUCCUCUGCUGGUUCCCUCUCUUCAAAAAUGCACGGAAUUUAAUUAUCACCACGACAAUGAAACGGAAGAAAGACGACACCGAACCAAUGAACGGUCUGUCGCAGAUGCCAGGGGUCCACGAAAUUGGCAAUAUCAUCAGUUUGACCUUUGAUAUCAACGUCGAUACACAUAACAUUUGUUGGUUUGGGGAGCAUUUCCGUUUUCCGAACCUCCUUCAUCUCAAGAUAUCGUAUCACAAAGAUGUCAAGUUCGGACCAGAAUCCGACGGUGCCCAAAUGGUUUACAUGCGCUAUCCCUUCCAGGCCGCGUAUGUUGAAAACCUGUUACAGUCAUCCCCUUCCUUAUCAUCGCUCACUCUCAAUAAAAUCCCCAUGCGAAAAGCCCAAGUCCUUGCAUUCCUUACGCCACUUACCAGCCUUACCAGGCUCUCCAUUCACGAACCAACGCCGUGCCUCUAUGGAAUACCUAUCGAACCACUUUUCGUGCCGUACUACCCCAUAUCACAAGGCUUCAUCGAGGCAUUGUCAAACAAUACACACUUGCUACCUCACCUGAAAUCAUUGGAACUCGUUUGGCGGCACAAUGUGAAUGAGUGUGCGCUACUCGAGAUGAUCGAGCAUCGUCGUGAAAUGAAUCUGGAGGACGUGUCCUUGGGGACUAGAUAUCCGGCACCAGAGAUGAUGGAAGAAACGCGGCUACGUUUGAAGGAGAUCCGGGAAAUGGGACUUCGCGUUCAAGUACUGAGAUACGAUAUUUCUCCUAUUUUAUCUUUUACUCAGCCAUCUACAUUGGUCGAGAUGUACGGUCGCGAUUUUAGGGCUGCCAGCUAAUAGUUAUAUAUUAUGAGUGUAUUAUGCCCAUUUCCUCUAUCAACAAUCGAUGCUCCAAUGCGUAGAUAAUUUUAUGUUACAUUUCUUAUCCCCCGCAGAAAUAGGCGAG